AUGACGAUUAAUAAGGACUUUCAGGAUGUUUCUGGUGAGUGGCGAGAUCCUUCUCCCUCGCAGCAAACCGAGUCGGGUAUCAUGGAGCGCGAAAUGUUAUGUCUUCACAUAAUUGACGCUGUUUCUCGGAGAAAUGUUCAGUGGUUCGCUGGUGCUAAAGAUCUUGUUAUCAAACUGAGACAGAUUUCAAAGGACGUUAUGUGGUUCAUGCGCCAUGCAAUAAAGACCUACUGGAACUUGACGAUUAAACCGAUGACAGAGCACAAGUAUAAGGUUCCGAGACUCCUAGUGAACUGUUUCAUCCGACAUUACAGACACAACAGGGAAGGAUACGUUACUGAUUUUUGUUUUGUUGUUCGUGAAUUUCUCGAAAGGGAAGUGAUACCGACGUAUUCCAUGGAAUGGCGACGAAAACUGUUUUCCUAUGUCUUGGGAAAGUUUGAAGCAGGCGGCUCCACUGUGAUAAAAGAUCUUCUGUAUGUGAAAAUCGUGCAAUACGUCCUGAUACCGAGUCUCCAGUGGGCUUUUGAGCGCUAUAAUGUUGACGAAAUUCUGGGAGAGAUACAAAAUCCUUCUGAGCAACCGGAAAAUGAUCCCAAUGACCUGGUGUAUCGACUAGCACAUAUAAUUGACCAGAAUCGCCAGGUGAUGAGUGAUGGUAUUGUGAUCGUGCUUUACCAGCUUUGUACGCUUCUCGUGAAGCAUGCACCACGGCAUGUUCAUAAUAAUGAUUCAAAAAAACAUGGAUGGCGAUUGAGAGUUUUCAUGCUGUUCUUCGCAUGGUCUUGCCUAACUCCAACAAACAGACAAGAUGCUACACUUCGAUAUACCGGCUUUCUCUUCAUUUCGCACAUUGUGCAGAAAUUUACGAUAAACAGGAAGAUUGUGCUGCAGGUGUUCCAAGCGCUGUGCGGUUCAUUUCAAUACGACAGUCGCGAACUCGUGCGACGUGCAGCCGAUGUGGUCACAGCAGCGAUGCCAAUCCGAAUGGGAUGA